GAGUUUCCUUCAUACUAUUCACCUUAUUAUAUUAGAAUCUCUAUCCUUAACAAAAAAGACAAAGAUAACAACUAUGAAGAAGCUCACAUAUACCUACCUAAUGAAACUUAUCUACUUCCAAAUCAUUUCACCCUCCCUUUCAAGAUUUACUUA